UCGGCUCGGCUCGGCUCGGGGGGCGGGCGGUGGCACCUGCGGCCGUGCCGUGCGGAGCCGAGCGGAGCGGAGCUGCGGCCCGGAUGUAGCCGGAACAUGGCGCUGGGGGCGGCGUGACGGCGGCGGCCGAGGUGGGAAUGAGGGACCUGGCUGCCUGGGGCAGGGCACUGGUUUCGGAGCUGCUGCUGUGCCAGAUCUUUCCACCAUGUUCGGGAAAAAGAAGAAACGGCUGGAAAUUUCCGGGCCCUCCAACUUCGAGCACCGGGUCCACACUGGCUUCGACCACCGGGAGCAGAAGUUCACGGGGCUGCCUCAGCAGUGGCACAGUUUGCUGGCAGACACGGCCAACCGGCCGAAGCCCAUGGUGGAUCCCUCAUGCAUCACUCCCAUCCAGCUGGCUCCUAUGAAGACUAUUGUUCGAGGAAACAAGCCUCGAAAGGAUACUUCAAUCAACGGCCUGCUGGAGGAGUUUGACAAUAUCUCAGUGACACGAUCCAAUUCCUUGCGGAAGGAAAGUCCUCCCACCCACCACCAAGGAAAUGCCAACCAUGUGCCAAGGCACCAGGAGGAAAAUGGCUACAUCACGUUUUCCCAGUACUCCAGCGAGUCAGACACUACCACAGACUAUGUCGUGGAGAAAUAUCGGGACAAGACUCUGUAUGGGGAAGAGUUGGACAGGUACUACAAGGGGAGCUACGCCGCCAAGCAGAACGGGCACAUGAUGAAGGUGACGUCCCGGGACAUCUAUUACUCAGAAGUGACACCCCUGCAGUCAGACCUCUCCAGGUUCCUCCCGGAUUACCAUGCACACCUGGAGGCCAAGCCCAAACCGCUGGAAUAUGGUGGCCUAAAGCUGGAGUAUCAGCGGAUCCCCAGCGGAUCCUCCCUGGACUACAGGGAUUCCUUCCCUUACGCCCCGUCGCGAGCGUCAGUGCAGAGCGAGUGCCCCAAGGAGAGGCUGGAGUACGGUGACAGUGACUGGGGGCACAGCCUGGGCAAGGAUGACUAUGAUAAGAGGCCUAAGUCAUCCUAUGUGGACCCUGCGAGCCCUCAGCCAGCCAUGAGGCAGAGGUCCAGGUCAGGCUCCGGCCUGCAGGAGCCGGCCAUGCCCUACGGAGCAAGCGCCUUCAAAGCACACCAGCAAGGACAUUCCUACAGCUCCUACACCUACCCCCGCCUGUCCGAAACUGCAGCAGGCAUUCCCAAGAUGGAUUAUGACCGAGCACAGCUGGUUGUCAGCCCACCGCUCUCGGGGUCAGACACCUAUCCCCGGGGCCCAGUCAAGCUACCUCAGAGUCAGAGCAAAGUCAGCUACUCCAGCAGCAGCUACCAGUACCCCCUGGUCUACCACAAAGGCCCCCACUAUCACCAGCCGCCUCUCCAGCCCGGCUCUCCCUAUAUUUCCACCGCCUCCUACCCCAGCUCCCCGAGUAUCACGUCAAGUGCUUAUCCUCCCCCCAGCUGGGGCUCCUCCUCGGACCAGCAGCCCUCCAGGGUGUCCCAUGAACAGUUCCGAGCUGCCCUGCAGCUCGUGGUCAGCCCCGGAGACCCCCGGGAGUACCUGGAGAGCUUCAUCAAGAUCGGGGAGGGCUCCACAGGGAUCGUGUGCAUCGCCACCGAGAAGCACACAGGGAAGCAGGUCGCCGUGAAGAAGAUGGACCUCAGGAAACAGCAGAGAAGGGAGCUGCUCUUCAAUGAGGUUGUGAUCAUGAGAGAUUACCACCACGAGAACGUGGUCGACAUGUACAACAGUUACCUGGUCGGGGACGAGCUCUGGGUCGUGAUGGAGUUCCUGGAGGGCGGCGCUCUCACAGACAUCGUGACUCACACCAGGAUGAACGAGGAGCAGAUCGCCACGGUCUGUCUGUCCGUGCUGAGAGCCCUGUCCUACCUGCACAACCAGGGCGUCAUCCACCGCGACAUCAAGAGCGACUCCAUCCUGCUCACCAGUGACGGCAGGAUAAAAUUGUCCGACUUUGGGUUCUGCGCCCAAGUGUCAAAGGAGGUCCCCAGGAGGAAGUCCCUGGUUGGGACACCCUAUUGGAUGGCACCGGAGGUGAUAUCCCGCCUGCCCUAUGGCACCGAGGUGGACAUCUGGUCCCUGGGCAUCAUGGUGAUCGAGAUGAUUGAUGGGGAACCCCCCUACUUCAACGAGCCACCGCUGCAGGCCAUGCGCCGCAUCCGGGACAACCUCCCACCCCGCGUGAAGGACAUGCACAAGGUGUCCUCGGUCCUCCGGGGCUUCCUGGACUCGAUGCUGGUGCGGGAGCCCUCGCAGAGAGCCACGGCACAGGAACUGCUGAGACACCCCUUUCUCAAACUGGCUGGGCCCCCCUCCUGCAUUGUGCCCCUCAUGAGGCAGCACAGGCAUCGCUGAAGCUUUUUGGGAAGAGGUCAGUGCAGAGCCUGGCUCAUGGCCAUGUGGGAAUGCCAGCAGUUGUGUGGGAUCCGCAGGCAGGGAGGAGGAAAACCUUGUGAAGGAAACCAGCCCUGCGGAAAUAACGUGGUGUUUAAAGAACCCCAAAGCCCAGGCAGUGCCCUCUGUGCUCCCUGUGUGCCAGGGACAGGGAGCAAUCCCGGCCAGGCUCCCAGCACUGCUGUCUGCUGGGCCAUCCAGGCAGAAGGCACCAAAUGCCAACGUUGGAAAGGUAAUUUUAGCAGAGGAGAGCAAAGCCAGAGCGAAACACCAGAACUUUAGUGCAGGCUACAGCACUUCUGUUUUAGAAGAACACUUUUCUGACAAAACAAAGCACUUUUUAUCUCAGUCAGAGCAGCGCAAUGUAUUUUGCAACAAGUUUGUAAUUUUCUGUACAGUACGUUUUGAUAACUUGCAGUACUUCGUCAUGUAACUGUUGUGUUAGUUGAAGUAAUAAGUGUAACUUAGCAAGAAUUUGAGAAGAUGAAGUUUCCUACUUUUUUAACCCUUUUGAAAACAGGAAAAAAAAAAAAAAAAAGAAACCACAACCACCUUUAGGAAGUUGUAAGGUUUUGCAGAUUUCCCAUGGGGUGAGGAGGGGGCUCAUCCCGCCCUCACAGAAGCUGGAAGAGCAAAGGAUCACUGAUGCUGGUGGGAGCACCUGGCUUGGGGCACUGGGUGCCAGUGGCAGUCCCUGCUCUGCUGAGGGCCAGCUGUGGUCAGGGGCUCCCCUUUCCGCCCUUGGCCCAAGGGGCCUCCCAGGCCGGGGUGAUCCCUCUUUUUUUCUGCCACCACACAGCCAGUUCUGCCACCACAGAAGCCUCCACUAUUUCUGUCAUGCUCUGGCAGUGGAGAGGGAGGGCAGGAGCCCUUCCUCCUAUCCCAGCGGGAUCCUGGAGUUCCAGCAGAGCCGGGGGAUGGGAGGGGAUGGGAUGCGCUGCCAGGCGUUUGCCGUAGAGGAGAAGUCGUGCUGCUGUCUAGACCUUUCUGAAUGUUGAUGCAACAGUUGACUACUGCGGUACAAUUUUGUGUUAUUUGUUGGAUGACUUUGCAUGUUAACUGUAGGCCUAAUAGAUUUGCCUUUAAAAUUUUUAGAAGUGCUUCAUAAUUAUUUCAAUGAGAAAUUAAUUUUAUUUAUUAAUGAUUAGUUGUUCUUAAUUCUGUAUAAUACAAAAGCCAUGUUUUUCAAGUUUGUUUUUUUUUUUCUUACUGACCUCAUUUUAUGGUAUCUUUAAGAACCACAAAGCCAACUUUGUGAAAACACAGUUUCUUUCUUAUUAUGGAAUUUCAUAGUUAAUAAAUUAAUUGUUAUUUAUUGUAGUAAAUUAUAACCAAACAUCUAAACCUGGCAGGAGCUGUUACUUAAAGAUCUUCCUCUGGAAGAAAAGAGUUGCCAAUAGUAAAGAAGCUCCUUUAGUUCUGCCCUUAACUUAAAGAGUAUUUGGAGGGAGAGAAGAAAUUUUAAAAAGAGAGAAAAAAGGAGAUGAAGAUGAUCUGGAACAUGGAAUAGAUGUUCUUACAUCUGUGUCUUAUCCCCACUGCUCUCUCUUCCCAACCCUGUUUGCACAUUCUAAGAAGACACUGAAGAAAAUGUGUUUGGCUCCCGCCGCCCCACAGCUCCCGGAGCCCACCCGGCCGGGAGCAGCACCCACAGCCUCCCAGGGCUCUCUUUUGUAGUCUUGACAACUCAGGAAACCAGGCUGCACCAGUCCAGGCAAUGGCAUAUGGCACAACUUAAUACUAGCCACAAAAUUAACUUUUUUAACCAUCUUUGAAUAAAAAAAUGGGGUUGGUGGGGGUUUUUUCUUCAAUAUUCAGCACAUUUUAGGCUGUACAAGUGAAGAAUUUUCUGCAACUUUCUUAUCAUUAGAUACUUUAAACAGUGUUCAUUGAGUUUACUGAGAGUUUUGUCGAUUUUGAAGGGGGUUUUUUGUGAACACCAGCUACUGGUGAGACAAAUGCACAUGCAAGUUAAAUAAAUUAAUUAAUAAACA